AUGGUGGUAAAUUACAACGACCUGGUUCUCUCACUGGAGAUCGAGGCCAGGUUCAGUGAUAGCGCAGAUCACAUUCUCAAGGCGUUCUCAAAGGCCAUCUAUCUGAUCCUUCGGGAACGGUUCCCAGAGUACGCAGACAAGAUCAAGGACGAGAUCCGGGCCAGGAUAAUCAACUUCCCCGUACAGCGCAGCCUGAGACAGAUCAACGCCGAGAUCAUAAGCAAGAUGACCAGCGUCUCUGGAAUGGUGGUACGCACCUCGGAGGUAAAGCCCCUGGCCAGGGAGCUGAGCUACGUGUGCCCCGAAGGCCACAAGACCCAGGUAAUCCUGCUAAAGGGAAUGAGCGUCAACGUGCCGACAAAGUGCUCGGAUCCAAAGUGUACGCAUCGGGAUCUGGAGGUGGAACCGGAGACCAGCAGGUUUAUCGACUUUCAGAUCAUCAGGCUGCAGGAGCUGCCGGAGGAUCUUCCGCCAGGACAGCUCCCCCACUACGUGGACGUGGCAAUAAAGCAGGAUCUGGUGGACAACGCGCGCCCCGGAGACCGCAUCAUACUGACAGGCAUUGUCAGAAUAGAGCAGGAGCCGGUCUCGGGAAUCAAUCGCGCCAACAGCGGACUGUACCGGCUGAGAAUAGACGGAAACAACAUCGAGUUUUUGGGAGGCCGGGGGGCCAACAUAUCGCGCAAGUCAGAGAGGGAGGAGGUGUCCGUAGAGGAGGAGAAGAUCAUCCGCGCGCUGGCAAGCAGCAUGGACAUCAACGAGAGGCUGAUCGAGUCAUUUGCACCCCACAUCCAGGGCCAGUCACUCAUCAAAGAAGCGAUCCUGCUUCUUAUAAUCGGCUCCACCCAGAGGCUGCUGGCAGACGGAAGCAAGAUUCGCGGAGACAUCAACAUAUUCCUGGUGGGCGAUCCGGGAACCGCAAAGAGCGAGAUGCUAAAGUUCUGCGCAAGGAUAGCCCCCCGCGGCCUCUACACCUCGGGCAGGGGUUCUACUGCCGCAGGCCUGACUGCCGCAGUGGUUCGCGACAAGAGCGGGAUCAUGAUGCUGGAGGCAGGAGCCGUUGUGCUGGGGGAUCAGGGGCUUGUGUGCAUAGACGAGUUUGACAAGAUGAAGCCCGAGGACCGUAGUGCGCUGCACGAGGUGAUGGAGCAACAGUCGGCCAGCAUUGCCAAGGGAGGCAUUGUGGCCACCCUGAACGCGCGGACAUCAAUCCUUGCAGCGGCAAACCCGAUGUACGGCAAGUACGACCCCUUCAAGAACAUCACAGAGAACGUAAACCUGCCCGUUCCACUGCUUACGCGGUUUGAUCUCAUAUUUGUGAUCCGCGACAUCCCCGCAAAGGAGAAGGAUGCGAGUAUAGCAAGGCACAUCAUAGACCUGCACACGCCCAGGGGUGUUGAGAAGCGCUCGCUGAUCGAUGUUGACAUCCUCACAAAGUACCUGUCAUACGCAAAGAGAUUCAACCCGGUUCUGACCCAAGAGGCCGAGCAGAAGAUUCUCGACUACUACCUCAAGAUGAGAAAUGUCGAGUCCGACGAGAUGAUGAUCACGGUAACGCCGCGCCAGCUGGAGGGGCUCAUCAGGCUCACCAUGGCCCGGGCCAGGCUGCUGAUGAGGGAUCAGGCCGAUGCCGAUGAUGCCGAUCGCGCCAUAUACCUGUAUGAGUGCAUGCUGCGCGAUGCCGGCAUGGACGUCAACACCGGAAGGAUCGACAUGGGAGUCAUACAUGGAAAGCCCAGGAGCGAGAUAGCCAAGAUGCAGAUCUUCAUGGAAGUCCUAAAGGGCCUUGAGGGGGAACCGCCGUCCGCCGUGGAAGAGAAGCGGUUCAUAGACGAGCUCGUAAAAUCCGGCAAGUUCGACGAGGAGGAGUCGCGCAGGUACAUCAAAAAGAUGUCAGAGGAAGGAACUAUUUAUGAAGCAAAGGGAUACGUAGAUCUCUAUCCCCCGCAAGCAGACAGCGUAAAGGCCGGCCUGCUGAGCGGAAAGAGCAUGCUGGUGUCCGCACCCACUGCCAGCGGCAAGACCCUCAUUGCCACAAUGGCCAUUCUUGCCUACCUGCAGGGUAGCCACCGCAAGGUAGUCUACCUGAGCCCGCUCAAGGCCCUGGCAACAGAGAAGUACGGCGAGCUCAAAAAGAUCAAAACGAUUCCCGGGCUGAAGGAUGUCCGGAUCCGGGUCUCCACCGGCGACUUUGAUUCAAGGGAUGGCGCUAUCGCCAGAAGCGAUGUCGCCAUUAUGACAAACGAGAAGAUGGACUCGGCCAUCCGCCAUGAUCCCAGCUGGGUCGACGAGGUCGGCCUGGUCAUAGUGGACGAGAUACACCUGCUGGGAGACCAGACCCGUGGCCCCACGCUGGAGAUGAUCCUAAGCAAGCUCAGGUACCUGGGAAGCAGGAUGCAGGUCAUCGGCCUGAGUGCAACCAUCUCAAAUGCAGACGAGAUAGCCCGGUGGCUUGACACCACCCUGGUCGUCAGCGACUGGAGGCCCGUGUCACUGACUGAGGGCGUGUACGACUACGGCACGGUCACGAUGCAAGACGGGCGCGCCUUUGAGGUACCCCUCACACUCCGGAGCCCCCCCGUUGACAUCGGUGUGGACUCGGUGGUGCACGGGGGGCAGUCGCUUGUGUUUGCCUCCACCAGGUCCAGAUCCGUAUCCCUGGCCUCCAAGGCCGCUGCUGCCGUCUUCAAGCUAAUGAAAAAGUCCGAUGUCACACACCUGGCAAAGGUGUCACGGAGCAUCCUUGAGAGGAACGAGAACACCAAGAUGAUCAAGGCGCUGGCAGAUCUGGUAAAGAACGGGGUGGCAUUUCACCACGCGGGGCUGAACCAGUACUGCCGCGAGAUCGUGGAGAAGGAGUUCCGCUCGGGCAGAAUCAAGCUGCUGACGUCCACUCCGACGCUGGCAGCCGGGGUGAACCUGCCUGCAAGGAGGGUGGUGGUCUCCAGCGUUACCCGGUACGACGCCCGCAUGGGAGUCAGCAUGCCGAUCAGCGUCAUGGAGUACAAGCAGUACUGCGGCAGGGCAGGAAGACCCCAGUACGACGACUACGGGGAGGCCAUAAUCGUCGGGAACGGCAACGCCUGGGAGAUGACAGAGAUGUACGUCAACGGGGAGCCUGAGCCCGUGGAGUCGCAGAUCACAGGCCAGAGAUCCCUGCGAAUCCACACCUUGAGCCUGAUUACGACCGUGCCGGGAAUCAAGGGCGGCGAGAUCGCCGAAUUUUUCCUGAACACCCUUGGUGGCACCCAGUCAUCCGGCCCGGGAGUCGAGCGUGACGUCUGGAGCACGCUGGAGUUCCUGCAGGAGGGCGGUCUUAUCGUCUGCAAGGGCGGCAGAUACGCGGCAACGGAGUUUGGCAAAAAGGCAUCCCUUCUGUACAUAGACCCGGAGACCGCCCUCAUGUUUCGGGAGACGCUGAGGACGGCAUCCAAAAGGCCCAGGCAUACCCUGGGCUUUCUUCACCUGAUCACCGAAUGCGGGGAGUUCUAUCCAAAAUUUGGCAUGAGAAAGGACGACUACGAUCGUGCCGCCGACGUGAUCGAUACGCACGCAGAGGAGAUCAUUGAUUUCUUCACGGAGCAGGAAUGCAACCGGAGCCUUCUGGCGCUGCACUACUGGAUUAUGGAGCAGACGGAUCUUGUCAUCUCGGAUCACCUGGGCAUCGAGUCAGGUGACAUGCACAGAAUGGUGGAGACCGCCGCCUGGCUGGCCCACUCCCUGCAGGAGCUGGCAAGGCUUCAGGGGCGCGCCGAUCUGCUAGAGGAGCUUGGCAUCCUGCAGCGGAGGAUCACCUACGGCAUCAUGGAGGACCUGACAGAGCUGACCAGGAUACGCGGAGUGGGCCGGAUCCGGGCCCGGAGCCUGUUCAAGCACAAGAUCAGGACCCUUGACGACCUGGCAAGGUUACCCGUCAGAAACCUGGCCGCAAUCGACAAGAUCGGCAGAACCAUCGCGGCCAGCAUCAAGUCACAGACGGGGACUGUAACAUAA